ACGUUUCGCUUCUUUGUUUUGUUUUUGAAAAAUUAAGACAAUUGUACGAUCGUGUUACACGAGAGACGAAGAAAGACGAUCUGAAGUUUGAACAAAACAAAAAAAAAAAAAAAAAAGGGAAAUGUGCGGAGUCGGAACGGAUUUGCCACCGUCGUACGACGAUGUCGUGUCCGAGACAGACGUCGAAAACGGCAGUUGUUUCGUGACUGAACGUCCGUGCGCACCGUCUGCUCCCAGUCUUGAGCUUGUCAACAUGUUGGACGCUAGUCAUCCGCACGCAUCGGGCAAAAGUGUCACGACCAAUCGGCCCUUGUCUCCGUUUGGACGGACGGGACGACGACGACGUCCCGUCCGCCCCGUUCAACCCGAUUUGAAUCACGGAUUGGACCCGACCCAAAUCAGACAGAGGAUCGUUUGCAAACAGGGUUGCGGCUGUUUUGAUCUCUUGCUCAGCCUUUUCGGCCCAUAAGCCGCCAUCUUGCUUCCCCUUCCCCAUUUUUCAAUUUUUUUUUGUUUUUUUUUUACAACAAACAAAAAUCCAAUAGUAUUCAUUUUCAUCGUAUCAUUUCCCCUCCCCCAACCUAACGGCUUGAAAUUACAUACAAAAAACGCGCGUGCCUUUUUUUUUUUUUUGUCUGUGUUAUUUUGCCGGAAGGCCGGAAGUUUCCAUGUCCUUUUUUUCUUUCCCACAUUGGAAAAAAAAAAAAAAAGACACACAAUUUAGGUCACUGCUAUUAUUCCAAAACAACCGAAAAGACGGAAUAGAACGGGAGGGAAAGAAAAACGAACGACACGAGCUUUAGAGCACAGCGUGUGAAUGGCAAUUUGAUGGAACGCGAGAUGGCCCGGAUUAGAUUUUUUAAAAGAAAGAAAGUUCCUAGAUGGACCCGUUUUUUUUUUUUUCUUUUUUUUUUUUGUUCUGUUCACAUUCUUUUGCUUAAAAAAAAAAAACAAAAUACCGCAAUAAAACAAAAACAAAAAACAAUCCGCCAAUGCAAAAAUAUAUAAAACAGGUUAGCCGUGCGCGUGUGUAAAAAAAAACAAAAAACAAAAACAAAAACCGGAAUGGGACGUCUACGACGUGGUCAUAGUUUGGAAGUCAUCUUUGAAGACGAAACGUCAGAAUUCCAGCCAUCGAUCGCCCGGCUAGAAGAGGAAGAAUUGACCGAUGAGUGGCAGAGCUACCGACGACUGAGCCGACGCCAGAUCCUCGUGCAGCAGCAAGAAGAAUUCCAGACGUCCGUCCAGGUGACCCUGUGCUCGCAGUGUUGCGUCGCCUCGACCGAGAUGGACCACGACGCGCCUCAGGCCGAUGCGGCGCCUCACUUGCCGGCCGGCCCGCGACGGCGCAACUCGACGUACUUGGCGCUGGCGUGCGCCAACGCCGUCAGCCAGGGCGCCAUGACGCGCAGCCUGCGGCAAAUGUUUGAAAGUCAGCCGGUGCGCGAGACGCAGCCGCUGCUCAGCCGGGCAGAGAUCAAACAGCAAAUUCAAGCGGCCCGGCUGCGUCGCAACAGCAUCGCCGUCCUCUAUCCGAGGAGCAACCAGAGCCUGUCGGAGGCCGACGACAUCGUGACGGCCGUUCCGGCCGUCGUCAUCGACGCUGUUCCCGCCCCUGCUGUACAGCCGGCCAAGCCGUCCGUCCUCUCCGUUGAAUCGCCUCUCCCAUCGGCUGGCCCGAUGGACGACGCUCAAAACGAGCCGCCCGUAUGCGUUCGCUGCGAUAAAUGCUCGUCCAUCUUAACCAGUUCGCCCGUCGCAGUGUCCGUCGUCAUCAACAACAACAACAACAACAACAACAACAAUAAUAAUAAUAAUAAUAAUAAUAAUAAAAGAAACGUUGGCGAAACGAAAAUGGAAGAAGAAACGCAAGAACAAGGCAAUGCUUCGCCCAGCAAAUUAAUGCCGACCAACCGCGAAGUAGUCGAAGAGGAACUGCCCAAGCCGGACACGGUCAAGAACGCGCGUUGCCUCUUUGAAUCGAGUUUGAUGGAAGCCAACAAGAACAACAACAAUUUCAGCACGUUGCAACACGUCAAAUCGAACCCAUCGAGCAAAAUCUUGCGAUCCGAGUCGAGCAUGACGCUGGAUCGGGCCGGCGCUCGCAGCUCCUCCGUGGCCGGCCGGCCGCCGUUCCGCUGGCCGUCGAGACAGGAGCACUUGCGCAACCGAUCGCCAUCGCCAUCGCCUUCCCCAUCGCCGAUUCCGGCCCUCAAUCUGCCCGCAAAGUCGGCCAAAAUCGCAUCGACUUUGCCGUCGUACUACCGCAGUUCGCCGUCGUUGACGCAGUACCGUUCGUCGCGCCACUCUCUUCACUCGACCGACGUCGAGAGCUACGUUUCGGAAGGCGGAAGCGACUGCUGGAGCAGCAGCGAUUUGGAGAGCGAGGCCAGCUAUUCGUCAUGCGGCGGCGGCGGCGGCGGCGGCGGCCGCGAUGACUUGUCCGAUAGCCUGGACGGGAUGCGCUACAUAUCGCCGGAUGUGAUGGAGAAAAUCCGCUCUUACGGCAUGACUCUCACCUUCGUCAACGGCAAAAUGGUUGACGAUGACGAUGACGAUGACGAGCCGGAAGUGAUUGCUAAAGAGGCCGCUACUAGGAAGGUCGUCCAAUCGAUCCGUUCUGCCGGACAGAGCCAACCGAUAACGGCCCACAAGAAAUGCGAUCCUUCCGCGACGCACGUCGCCCCACCCUCGGCCAAGAAGACGGUGGCCAAACAACAGCAAGAGGCCGGCAGCAGUCCGCAGCCUCGCAUCGUGGCCUGCCUUCCCAAACAGGAAGCGGACAAGCCGGACAAAAACAACAAGAAAAACAACAACAACACCAAAGUGCAAUUCAACAAGAAGAUGCGCCACAGUUCGGGCGAAUCUUCGGCCAGUUCUGGCGUCAGUUCCGGUACUUCCAACGGAGCCGGAAGCGAUGGAAGCGAGCACAACUCGCCUUUCGCUACGCUGAAACGCACGAAAUCGGCGGAUGCGGACCACACGGUGGAACGCAGUCCGUCGCCCGGCCCUCGCCAAUCAGGCACGGUCAAAGCCGUCGGCUCCUCCCCUUUUGGAUGCUAUUCCGUCGUCUACAGCUUCAGCGCUUCCGCACGCAGCCCAAUGUACGUCUGAAUCAAUUCACACACACCCCACCCCACUUCUAAUCCAUUUGACUUCCAUUCCCUUUCCGAUUCGCAGCUUUUAUUUUUUUUAAUAUAAAAACUGUUUUUUUUUUAACAUUUUCUGCAAUUCCUUAAAGUCAUCCGUUUCAUUUUUUUUUUUUUUUUAAGAACUCCGCAGGCGCGAUUCAUCAAGUUUUUUUAAAAUUAUUACAAUAAUAAAUAAUUGCAAAUUUUAUAUAUCCUAGAUUUCGUUUUUUUUUUUUUUAGAAAACAUCCCCUUUCCCCCUAAAAUGUAAUCUGCCUUACCCCCCCACACACACAUCCGCAUUGGCGGAAUAUCUUAUAUAGCGUUUGCGUGCAUAUAAUUAAUCAUAUGAAUUGCCGAGAGGAGCGAAGAGAUUUGUUCAAUUUGAUGAUGAUAAAAAAACAAAAAAAAAAAACAAAAAAAAGAAAGAGAAAAUACAAUGAACGGAUGACUCACUUUUAA